AUGCAUGACCUGACCAUGUCGUUUUUGAUUGACGAAAAGAUGCUAAAUAUGGUGAGAGAUCGGGAUGUGAUUGUUGAGUUGAUUGAUUUUAUAAUCGAUGAUUUGAAUUUACUGAAUGUGAAUAUUUUGCUCAAACGAAGUGAUACUUUACAAGUGAAGCAGGUCUUACAAUUUAUGCAUUCAUUAUUUGUUUGUCAGUUGAUUCCCGAUUUACUGCUAUUUUCCAUCAAUACUACUGAAACUUUUGAUCCAUAUGAGUGGAUUGGAUUGAGUUGUGAAUUAUAG